CAAGGAAGAACCCCGGCAAAGUCCGGGUCACCACCCGUUCGCGACUUCCUUCUCUCCUGGUUCCUGCCUUGAGUUUAGACGAAUCAUUGAGCAUAUCUCCCGCACGAUCCGGGAAGGAAGCGAUGGAAGGAUUGCUCUCUUUCCAUCCAUCUCAACCACCGCACCUGAUGUUCAAAAUGUUACGCAGAUUACAGAUUACGAGCGCUAUUGGAACGGAAGAUGAUCGAGCGGAGCGGAGCGGAUCGGCAGAUUACUCUCCGUUGGCGUUGGACCCGAAAGACGGCGAGUCGACGCCGCUUUUUUGGUCUUAGCAUACGCAACUCAACCAACUGCGAAUCUGACACUGCCUUACCUAAAUUUACAUGGAUAUAUUAUGACUUUGCGCUCGUAGUGUUAGGUAACUCUCCUUCAACCCUCUCCGUCUCGCUUUCCUCCUCCCGUUGGCUUUCCUCCCUUCUGCAUUUUUACCGAACCUGCCCGUCGCAACGAUUGACGCGCCGCAAUUUGUGCAACUUAAACGACGCGUUCCUAGCACGCACCUCCCAACACCUUCAAACCUUGAUAGACAACGAACGUGAUCCCUCUCCGGCGCAACCCACCCAUACACACUCGGAUCAUGCGGCCGGAGUCGGUGGGUCCAGUGGAGGUGACGAACCGGGACUCGGCGCCGGCAGAGGUAACACAUGUGGGGGUCACAGUCCUCCGAGACACCCCGUCUUCUUCUUCAGGGGCGCGCCCACAUAACACCCCUCAGACCAUUCAAGACAGGGAAUCUGGUGUUCUCUCGACUUUCUGGUCAACCAUGGCUUCGUGGACCGCGGACAAGCCAAAGUCGGCGGCGACUAGCGAGUAUCUCGCCGUCUCUGAGGAUGCGGGGGACAGCGAGGACGGUGUGAGUAGAGACAGCAUUCGGGGCGUUAGGGAUAAGCCGAGGAUACCAGGGGCAUGGGCAGCAUGCUUCUUGGGCUUGAUUAUGGUGUAG